GGGCUGGGGGCGGGGCUUCGAGCCUAGCACUUGAAGGGUGGCAUCCUGCCAGGCGCACGCGCGUUCAGGGACGCUGUGCGACCUGGAACUAUGGCUACCGCACCAGUCCACCCCGCAAGCCUACGGCUGCGGUUGCUCCUCUCGCCCUUGAAGUCCAGGAUCCAAGUGUCCAUGGCCCAGCACGCAACUGCUUUUAGCACUGCAGUAACAUCUGCCAAGAUACUUGUGAAUGGCGUUAACCUGCAUUAUCAUCGAGUGGGAGAAGGGGAGCACACAAUCCUUUUACUUCCUGGAAUGUUGGGAACUGGGAAGACCGAUUUUUCGCCUCAGCUUCAGAACCUAAAUAAGAAGCGUUUCACAGUGGUGGCCUGGGACCCUCGGGGAUACGGAUAUUCCAGACCCCCAGAUCGAGAUUUCCCACGGGACUUUUUUGAAAGGGAUGCAAAGGAUGCUGUUGGCUUGAUGAAGGCGCUGCAGUUCAAGCAGAUCUCCCUCCUGGGCUGGAGUGAUGGCGGCAUCACUGCGCUCAUCGCUGCUGCAAAGUACCCAUCUUAUAUCCGCAAGAUGGUGAUCUGGGGAGCGAAUGCCUACAUCACGGAGGAAGACAGCAGGCUUUACCAGGGUAUCCGAGAUGUUUCUAAAUGGAGCGAGAAGGCAAGGAAACCUCUGGAAGCCCUAUAUGGAUAUGACUACUUUGCCAAAACCUGUGAGAAGUGGGUGGACGGAAUAAACCAGUUUAGGCAUCUGCCAGAUGGUAACAUCUGCCGCCACCUGCUGCCCCUGGUCCAGUGCCCAACCCUCAUCGUGCACGGGGAGAAGGAUCCACUGGUCCCACGUUUUCAUGCUGACUUCCUUCUCGAGAACGUGAAAGGGUCACGGUUGCAUCUGAUGCCUGAAGGCAAACAUAACCUGCAUUUACGCUUCGCAGAUGAAUUCAACAAGUUGGUAGAAGACUUUCUACAGUGAAAUUCCAGGAAGCCUUUGGUGUCUGGGGGAUUCUGUAUUGAAGGACCAUGCCAUUGCCUGUUAGCAGGAUGCUCCAAAUUGCCUUCUCUUGCUUUUCACCUCAGUUCACAGACAGAACUGUCAGGUUUUUUAUACUCCCUAAGUGUGACUAUGCAAGCAAGAAAAAUUGCAUACCCAAAUCAGGUUAUAGCUUCAACGGCUGCAAAAAACAUGAAUAUUGGUGUUUUUAACAUUAAAUUAUGAGUUUCUAUCAUUGUCCUGAAAGCAAAUUCUUUUAUCAAAGAGCAAAUUUUACCAUAAUUUGUUUUCAAAUAAAUUUUAUGGUAAUCA